AUGAUGGAGGAGCGUCCCGCAGCAGGAGGAGGCAUCAGCCUGCAGGACGUCCUGAGAGGACGGACGGACGGAGCUCAGAGGACGAGGAGCAGCUCCAACAUGAUCCGAGUGUUCAUCAGCUCCACAUUCACAGAUAUGAGCAGCGAGAGGAAAGCCCUGCUGGAGAAAGCUUACCCAGAAGUCCUUGCUUUCUGUCGCGGCCUGGGGCUGGUGUUUGAGGUGGUGGAUCUGCGAUGGGGGAUUCGGAGCGUCUCGUCUGGAGACCACGAGGCCUGCGAGGUCUUUCUGCAGGAGAUCCAGAACUGUCAGAGGAUCUCAGCCGGCCCCGCCUUCAUCGCUCUGCUGGGGAACCGAUACGGCCACCGAGCUCUCCCUCGCCUCAUCCCCGAGAAACACUUUGAAGCUCUGUUGUCCAAACUCUCCAAAGACCCUGAAGGCAUCACGCAGCUGAGCCGGUGGUUCUUAAAGGACGACAACGCCGUCCCGCCCGCCUACGUCCUCCAGCCGAUCGCGGCUCACUUCCCCCACUUCGGCGACCUCAGACCCGAGAGCGGGCCGCGGCGCGACAAAGACGUCCUCUCGUGGCGUUUCACAGAGAAUCAACUGUUGCGGCUCCUAUGCUCGGCCGCCACGGACGCCGAGGCAGCCGGUGACAUCACAGCCGAGCAGAAACAGAACUUCUACACAUCAGUCACAGAUCGAGAGUUCGAGCACGGUUUGUUGGAGGACGCCGGGGAUCAGUCCGCUCUGCUAUUCGUCCGAGAGAUUCCUCGCCAGAGAGCGAGGGACGGCCCCAAACGUCUCGCCAAGUACAUGGACCUGAACGCCGACGGCCUGCUGGACGCGGAAGCUCAGGGGCUCCUCGGCGCUCUGAAGGCCCGCCUCUACGCCUCGUCGCAGAAGAUCCUGAACCUGCACUGCGUGGAGCUCAGCAAAGGAGGCGUCGACCCCAAACGCAAGGAGCACGCUCAGUACCUGGACGCCGUCUGCGAGCAGUUCGUCUCUCAGAUGAAGGCAAGGGUCGGAGCGGCGGUGGAGACGUCGGUGGACGGGAGGAGGAGGAAGGUUUGGGGAAACAUUGAGGACGAGAAGGAGGAAAUCCCGGAUUGGUUGAUCGAGGAGGUUGAACGUCACACCGCCGUGACCAGCGAGCUGUGCGGCGGUCUCCGUGGCAGGGAGGGCCUUCUGGGUAAACUCUGCCUCGCCAUGUGGGAGAGGACCAACGUCCCCCACGGCCCGCUGGUGGUGCACGGCGCCGGCGGGAUGGGGACGACGGCUCUGCUGUGCAAACUGGUGCAGGAGAUGCGUGGCGUCCUGGAGGGCGGGGCGGUGGUGGUGAACAGGAUGCUCGCAGCUCGCCAUCCUCAGAGGCCGAACAUCGACCACGUCCUCUGCAGCGUCUGUCUCCAGAUCUGCUUGGCGUGUGGUUUGGCUCCGCCCCCCUCCCCGCUGACGGCAAACACUCACAUCGACCUGUCGCGGUUCUUCAGAAACGUCCUCGCCGAUGUCUCGCGGCGGGGGAACACGGUGCUGGUCGUCCUGGACGCUCUGGAUCAGUUGUCAGAACGACAUCACGCUCACAAACUUUACUGGCUCCCCGCCGACCUCCCGCCCAACAUCCACCUGGUGGUCUCCAUGGAAACCAACAGCGAGGUGUUCGCCAACAUGCGGCUGAAGCUGCAGACUUUGGAGAGUUUCUUCGCGGUGGAGCGUUUGUCUCGCGUCGAGGGGAAACAGGCGAUGGAGUCGUACCUGCGAGCCUCUCGGCGAACCCUGACCCCCGAGCAGAGCGACGCCGCGCUGCAGAGCUUCGACGCCACCGGCUGUCCGCUGCACCUCAAACUGAUUCUGUCCGCGGCCAAACGCUGGACGUCCUUCACCCCGCUCACACACACACACCUGGGAGCGAACACACAGGAAAUGAUGUCACAGCUCCUGCUGAUGCUUGAGGACAAACACGGGAAAGAACUGGUGGGCGGGGCCUUAGGAUACAUCACUCUCGCAAGGGAAGGUCUACUGGAGGCUGAACUGCGUGAUGUCAUGUCCCUGGACGAUGAUGUCAUCACUGAGGUGUACAGUCACUCCCUCCCUCCGACACCCUCAUUGAUCCGGCUGCCCCCCCUCCUCUGGGCUCGACUCAGACGGGACCUCGAGGAUCAGCUGGAGGAGCGCUGGACCAACGGAGUCGCCACCAUCGCCGUCAACAACAGGCGUCUCUGCGAGGUGGUUUCAGCUCGGUAUCUGACAUCAGAGCGAAGGGGGCGGAGCCUGAGGGUCCUGGCGGAGUACUUCCUGGGUCGGUGGUCGGGGAAACUGAAGCCGGUGGCUCUGCCUGGUCUGUCACUGCUCCUCUCCGACAGAAAGGUCCCGCCCCAGCCGCUGUGGUUCGCUCCUGAAUUGGCUAACGUCAGGAAGCUCCAGGAGCUGCCGUAUCACCUGCUGCACGCCGGCCUGUGGGACGAACUACGACAAGUAGUAAUAGGCAGUGCAGAGUGGCUGUUCUGCAAGAGCAGGGUGUGCGGGGUGUCCAGUGUGAUCCAGGACCUGGACCAGUGCUCCCAGUACAUGGACUGCACUGAGACCAGACUGAUUCGGGACACUCUGGUCCUCAUCAAACCCAGUCUGGACUUCUUGGAGGGUCACAUGGAUAUGUCUCUGUUCUACACCGAGCUCUUAGCCAGACUCUGCUCCUUGGCCAAGCCUUUCCCCUCUGUGAUUGGCCGACUGUGCAGCCAAUGUGAAGAGUGGUUACUGACGUGUCCGGAGCCAAUCCUCAUCCCUAAGUGCAGCUUCCUGCAGCAGCCAGGGGGGGCGCUGCAGCACACUCUGACUGGACUUCAGGGAGGUGUUCUCUGUCUGGACCUCAGUGUGGAGACGGAGCUUCUGGUCGCAGGUGCAGACGACGGCGUGAUAGCGGUGUGGAGCCUCGCUGACCAACAGCUCGUCUACUCCCUGAUCGGACACACAGGCGCAGUUCUGUCUGUCAAAGUGCUUGAAAGCUCCGCCCACUGCCUCUCAUUGGCCGCUGACGGCUCUCUGAGGAGGUGGAGCCUAACGAAUGGCAAACAGCUGCUCUGCAUCCAGGAGGCGGUGCCAGUUGACUCCGCCCCUUCGUCAUCACACCUCCACGUUUCCAAACAGCUGAUGUUUGUUUACACCAACAAACAGGUGAAGGCGUGGCGUCUGGACGGCUCCGACCUCCUCAGCAGCAGUGAUGGCGGCUCGCUGGUUCUGGGAGUUCUGGAGGAUUCUGUGGUUUCUCUGAGCGACUCUGGACGGGUCAGAAUAUUUAACCCUUUAAGCGGGGCGCCGGCUCUGCAGACUCAGCUGGUCACCUCCCCGAGACGAGUGACUCCUGUGAAGUCUGUAACGUUACCUAAACGAGGGAAAGUGUUCCUGGUUUCUGAAGAAGGACUUCUCUAUCAGGGGAGUCAAACUGACACUGAGAAACAGAGUGUUUAUUUUUGUCCUCUCUGUGUGCAGAUUUCACAGAUGGGGAAACACAGCGUCUGUGAGUUUCCUCUGGUUCCUUCUCUGCUGUCAGUCACUGAGGAUGAAAAGAUUCUGAUAGCAGGCGCUGAUCGCACUCUGAGCCUGUUUAACAUCGACAGAGACUCUGUGGACAGAUUCCUCGACCUCCAACACGACGACGCUGUUCUGUCCGCCUGCAUCUCAUCCGACUGCCGACUGAUCGCCUCUGGAGCCGCCGACCAACUCAUACGAAUCUGGUCGGUGACCACGGGCUCGUUGUUGGACUCUCUCUGUGGCUCUGACGCUCCGGUAACGUCUGUGAUUCUGCACAAAGGCGUCGUGGUUUCCGCCUCCUCGGCUGCCGCUUCUGUUCACCUGUGGAGUCUGAAAUACGACGAGCGCCACAAACCAACCGCCCACAUCCCUGCAGGCUCCGCCCACGUCGCCCUCACUAAAGACGCAGAUCGAGUUUUCUACAUCAGGCAGCAAAACCAGACGGAGGUCAUCGGCUGGAACAACCUCACAGGUUCUCUGUCGGAGCGUUUUGCGGUCUCGGCUCAGGUCUGCUGUCUGGACGUGGCUCAGCACAAACGGCUGCUGUUCUGCGGUCUGACCACGGGCACCGUCCUGAUCUUCCCGUUAGCCCUCCCCCAGGAGACGCUCUGCAUCCCCCCCCCAGAGAGCCUGAGCGGCGUGCUCUGCCUCGCCGUCAGCUCCCAGGAGAAACACAUGGCGGUGGCCUACGAGGACUCGGUGUGUCUGUUUGAGAUCACCAGCAGAGACAGCUUCCCCACGGUGGAGGGACCCCUGCAGACGUCCCCCCUGUCCCUCCUGCACGCCCCCCUGUCCUCCAUGGCGCUGCUGCCCGACCGCCGGCUGCUCUACGGGACGAGCUGCGGCGAGGUGAAGCUGCUCGACUUCAGCAGCGGCAGCAGCUCAGACCUGGAGAAUCAUCGCAGCAGGGUGACGUGUGUGACCGUCAGUAACUGGGGGACUCACGCCCUGGUGGGCUCCGAGGACGCCGUCCAGAGGCUGUGGGCCCUGAACCCACCGGUCCUCGACCACACCAUGGAGUUUAAGGGUUUUUUCUUCGAGGGCGUCCUCUCUGCUGCUUUCUCUGAGAGCGAUAAGUUCGUCUUCACGGGAUCUCAGGACAGAACGGUCAAAGUGUGGGACGUUGCUUCAGGUAACCUUCUGUACGUCCAGUACGUCUACUCCCCGGUGGUCAGGAUGGUGACGUUCAGGAACGGCUUCGUGGCGUUGACUCGCGGGGGCGCGGUCAUCAGGGAGGUGUUUGGGUGUCCGGAUCACGUCGGUCCGGACUGGAACCCUCUGAGGAUCGUGAAGGCUCAGUACAGAGUCACCUCCAGAGAGAAGAAGGGGGGCGCUCUGCGGAGCUCCGAGUCCGACCUGCAGGACUUUAACCCCGCCCAGUUCAACCUGAACCUCAUGAGCAUGCUCAAAGCCAAACCCUCCCCCGCCUGUCUCAUACUGUAGGACAGCGAGGCCCAAACUGGGGCUCCGGGACCUUAAGAGGCCCUGAGGUUAAAACACUGUGCUGCCUCGUUUCUAAAAUUAC